UGGUUGCCGCCAGUGCGGCUCCCGCCCGGCUCGGCUCGGCUCCCGCGCGGGCUCGGCGCAGUCAAGGCGCCGCAAACAAACAAAAAAAUGGGGUUCCGCAAAACGGGAGGCGCGUGCACGCUCGCCUUCCUGCUGAACUUGUUGUUGAACCUGCUACUAGCCGAAGACGAGCCCGACAUCGGCUUUAACGACUCGCUGUCUCUCGAAGCGGCUUUAGCCGAGCCUAUCGUGAGGCUGGUGGACUCGGGUGAAAAUUUGACCGAACCUAAAGAAGUAGAAUUCGGAGAAUGCACUGUUACGUGUGGUAUUGGCAUUCGAGAAGUUAUAUUAACCAAUGGAUGUCCUGGAGGUGAAACAAAGUGUAUUGUUCGUGUUGAAGAAUGCAGAGGACCAGCAGAUUGUGGCUGGGGCAAACCUAUUUCUGAGAGUCUUCUUAGUGUGAAGAUACCAUGUAUAUUUGUACCUCCAGAAAAUCGAUUUCAAUACAUUUGGAAAAUGUUGAUUCCAGACCAACAAUCCCUCAUUAUUCCUAAUGAUUCAGCUAUUUUGGAAGUACACAGAGAUACUCACCCCGUUGCAUUUGAGUGUGAUACAAUAGAACAUGAUGAAUUGAUUGCAUCUGUAAAAUAUACAGUGUACACCACAGCUGAGCUGGAAACGAGACGUUUCAAGAAGCCAAGUACAGAUAUCGUAUUGGUAUUUGUCCUCAUAACUGGAGUUAUUGUUUGUGUUGGAGUUAUCUUCGCAAUAACCUUCAUCAUUCUUAAUUGGGCUGCUGUGAAAAGUUUCUGGCAGACGAAAGUUUGGAAGAAUAAGGAUGAUUUAGGUUCAGUGAGAACAUCCAUGGGGCCGGCAACCACAGUCGAAGCAUCUCAGAUGUCGCAAGCAGAAACCUCUGUACAGGAACAAGGUUCCUAUCAGGAAUGGAAUGCAGCAGGUGGAGAAGCAGAAGGGGAAGGAGAGAAAGGAAAUUAUUAAAAGAAAGAGGAAAAAAAACUAUUUUAUAUCAGAGAGAUUAUAUUAAAAGAUACACAAAAUAUUAAAGAGUACCACUUCUAAAAAGUGACUUUUGCUGCUUUGAUGAACAUUGCUUUGAAACAAUAAAAUAAUGUGGUGUGAAACUGUAGGAACCAGAUAUAAAGGUGGAUUUCUUCUGUUACGAUUAAUGUGAUUCACCGGAGGCUUUUGCCUUUCUGGGUUCUUGAAAACCAAAAAUGAAAUAUUUUAAUAAGGAGUUACCAAACUUGCAACAAAUAAAUGGCACUCUGAUUCUAAAUA